AUGACUUCAUACGAGGAUCGUACACCUUAUCAGCCCAGUGUGAGCGAUGCCAUCGAUCAGGGGGACUCUCGACGACUUCACCCCGUUCACAACAACUCCUCCACUGACCCGCGCCCUUUGCGUGCGCGGGGUUCCUCAAAUGCUGCCCCUGACCCAAACAGCAUUGAUUCUACCCGCUAUCAGCAGGCCCGACAGCCCAUAAAUGAAGCCGUCAAGUCCGCUUUCAACACCACCGAUGGAGCUGCCAGUGCUGCCUUUCCUCCAGAACUUCUCCAGCAGAUCACCUCUCAGAUAACCGCAAAUGUCCUAUCGCAAUUAAAGGUGUCGAAUAUUCCACUGACCCCUCAGAAUUCCAAUCUGUCUGCCUCCCAUGUGGACGCAAUCUCUUCAACUGCCGGGUCUCCCCCUUUGGAUCGUUCUACUGUUUACACCCCUCCUUCUCCCUAUCGCAUCUCCGAGGAUUUGGGACAGAGCCAACAGUCUCCACAAUUCCCACCAUCAACUUCAACGCAGUCCUCGUUUAGAGCUACCUCGCCUCCAGCCGAGAGGAGGCCUUUGUCACCCUUGAGUCAAGCUGGCCACUUGUCCGAAAGUGAAGCAAAUCAGGAUCAUUCACAUCGGCCAAAAGGUCCAAGAAGGAUAUCUACCGGUGGUGAUCCAACAAUCCUAGAACGCGUCUGGGGGACACUCUUCGAUGAACAAGGACAGGCAACACCCCGCUUUGGACAAUUCCUUCGUGGUAUCGCUGUCCAUCUCAUUGAGAACUACGAGCCCAGGCAAAGCCUUGUCAUCACUCCAUCUAAGCUGCAGAGAUACUACGAAGAAACCAAGCUUGCGAACGAGCAUUACCCAUGGAAGAUCAUAUUCGAUGAUAGGACGUCAUCUAUUUCUCGGAUGUUUCGUGAGAUCGAGGCUCAGCAUCAUCUCGUUCAAAAUAAACCAAGUGAAAGACCAGACACUCCGGGCUUGACGCCCCAUGGCUUCGAGACCUGGGCCACACUCCUCCUCCGAGCUCAUCCAGACCACGAGUUCGAGCGACUGGCAAAGACUGCUCUAGACAUGCCUAUCAGCAAUCCUGACGAAAAGAAAGAGAGGUUUCCCAAAGAAUUGUCCAGACGACUAUUCCCAAAGGAUGCUGAUACAGAAGUAGCCUAUAAACUACAGAAGGCCAUGUCUACCCACUGCAAUGUCACCUUUUCCGCUGCUUCGAGACAGGGUAGUGUGGCAGACUCUCAAAGUCAGCCUCAGAAACAGAACAGCACUGCAGAAUCUCAAACCCAGAGCCAGAGCCAGGGUCAGAGCCUGGGGCCGUCCCAGAGUCAAAACACAACCUCCACAAUACCACCAAAACCAAUGUCAGCCUUUGAGGAGCCCAUCCAGAAGGGUGGCCUACGCCCAUCGGUAGACAAUCUCGAGUCAGUGACGAAUGGAAUAAAAAUUAGCCCUGCAUUGUCUCAUGCAAGCCUGGAGCGCCAGCGACAGCCUUAUGCCGGAGUUCCAAGCAGCAGUGAUGCUGCCAAUGGCUCAAGUGCAGUCGAGGAAGAUGAAGACAUGCCAACUCCGCAGCCGAUCGAAAGGGAGCGAAAGCCAUAUGUUGCUGCACCUGGACUGGGCAAGAGUUACGACAAUCUUGAUAAUCGAGCCCCAGCCCCAGCUCCAGUCUCGAACUCAAUUCCCAUGACGGACACCAGACCACCAGCUCCACAACAAGAAUCCAAGCUAGGCAGGUCAGGCUCUAUGCAUGCCAGUUCCCGACCUACCAUCAAUCAGUCCAAACCGACCCCAAUAGCAAUCCACCAAAGAGCUCCGCCCCCUCCGAUGGACUUCCCAGACACUCGCCACCACCGAUCCAAUAGUGUCUAUCAUAAAGAUCAACCACGACGCACCCGUUCGCCUUCUGCGAAUAAGGAGAAUGGUACGGCACCGUACGGACGAAGGACUGAAAAUGAUGUCCAGUACAUUCCUCCCACUCAUUACCAUGCCAGUCCUAGCGAUACGUAUGAAGACACUCGAAGGCAGAGGGAGUAUGAGGCCCAGCGAGAGCGACUCGCGAAUGAUCGGUACGAUGCUCCCAGAAUGGCUGCAUAUGACCCUCGUGAACGAGAACGAGAUCGGGACGUCAGACCGAGGCAACAGUCAGUCUCAGGUUAUGAUCAACAACCUCGGCCACCAUUCACUGGAAAUACGAAUCCCACUGAGGAGGAGUACUACCGCGAUCGUGGACAUCUAGGAGGAAGUGCAGGACCUUACACCACCCCGACACCUAUCAGUACAGGAUGGAAUGUUCCUCCAUACGGCACUCCAUAUACUCCUUUUGAUAGCAUGUCUGGUUCACAUCCUUCAAGCGCCAGAUAUCCUCCAAGUAGUUACAAGGAUAUGCAAUGA